AUGAAGAUUUCAAACAUUUUGCUAUUGUUCAUCAUGCUAGCAGUUGUAGAAUCUAUUACAGGUAAUUCUACACUGCAAAAACGGAUUGGUUAAAAUAACCCAUUGGUUGUCUCAUAUUAUUUGGUCAAAACAACGGAGAAAUUUAAGAGAGCUUGCCUGUAAGAAUCACAGAAUGUGUGGCAGAGAUGAAAAAUUGAAAGUUCUUCAAUUCAUGGCCAGAAAUUCAGGACAUGCGCCCGCAAUAUAUCUCAGCGGUUUUUCCUCUGAAAAGUUAUUUAUACCUAACACACGCAAGUUUUAACUAAAAAAAUACAUUUUGCUUAGUUUUUUGUUUAACUAAAGCAGAAAAAUAGAUAUAAUAGGUAUUGUCGGCCUUUUACAUACCUUUCAUUUAUUAUGAUGGGAUAUAAAGUGAUGCGCAUGGUAAACGACUCAAAUAUUUUGUGUAUACAUCGCUAUCCCUCUGUGUAACCCGCACUGGAAGAAAGCCUGGUUCCUAAGCUUCUUGUUGAUAUCAAACAUGGACGACAAUUCAUUAAACAUCGUUCUUCUUGCAAUGUUUUACGGUCUAUGGACAGGGUAUUUAUGGGUAAAAUAUCAACAUUUUGUCCCGUAAAUUGGAACAAGUUAAAAAAUUCGUAUCACUAUGAAAUUAUGUAGACAAGCAGGGGACAACAUAUAUUUUACGACGCGAAGUCUGCAAAUUUCACGAAGGGUUCGAGGGAUACAUGCGGCCAGAGCAAAAUGUACGUUUUCAACGAUUUUCUCAAGUUUUAUUAUACUUUAUUAUACGCCGAUGUACUAUGAAGUGAACUUGAAUAAUGGAACAACUUAUAGGUAAGAUUUCGAUGCGAAACUUUUCUGUUUUAUGGUCCAGAUAUAAUUUAUAAUAUUGCGAAGUCUGCAAAUGACAUAGCUAUUAUCAAACACGUUUAAAUUGAAAAAAACCGCGCCACUCCUAAUGAUUUAUAUAUAACAAAUCCGCCAUUUUGUUUGUGAAAGUUCGCACAUGCUCAGAAUCCAUGUCCGCAAUUUCUGGCCAUGCCCUCGUUUUAAUAUAUAUUGUAGACCUAUCCAAUCCCACACAUUUACUGAAGAUUCAGCCAUCAAACAAAAAAUGAAGGAAAGUUAGAGCACUUCAAAAAUCGAACCAAAAAUGACGCGAAAUGUCCAAGAAAUUACGCUAUAUAAAGCAGUCAACAUCAUGUACUGUGCUGAGCGCGCAUUAUAAGUUUUUGCUCUGCUGUUACAAUAUAUGUCUUUAGAAUAUAUGGAACUUUCUCGUGAUAUCUUUUCUCCAUAAAUCGAAACUUAUUGACUUGGUUAUUUUAGAUCAAAGAUGGUUGAAAUUUCCGGGUUUUUCAAACUAGCCAAAGUACGUCUUGUGAAUCGCCUAUUUAAAUAUGGUCCUACUUUCUUUAUAAAUGUAGAUAUGCAUAAUUUGUUAGGGAUAGGAUUUAGUCAUUCGACGACGAUUUCAGAUGUUUGAGAUUCUUUCGUGUCUUGGCGAAAUUUGAUCUUAAACAUGUCAAUAUUAGCGUAAUGGGCAAUUCCAGCUAUAGACUAAAUUUUGAUUUGGGGCAAGAAAAACAAAAUCCAUCAGCACAGCUAGAAAGAGCAUGAUAAAAUUAGUAAAAUUACAAAGUUUGGUUGCAAAAUGUUGGAAAAUGAGGAAAAUAUAGCCCUGCGAAAUUUGCAAAUUUUGUAUUAAUUUGUCCGCAAUAGACCAUUUGCGUAACAGACUAAAUUUUGAUGUAAACAAGUUUAGACAAAAAUUUCAUCCCAGCUUGAAAGAGCAUCACAAAAUUAGUGAUAUUCCAAAGUUUCGUUGCGAAAUGUUGUAAAAUGCGGUAAAUAUAGCCUUGCGAAGUUUGCAAUUUUCAGUCAUUUUAGAUUACAAACGGGAAAUUGACAGCCUUGAAGGGUUUGGGGCUGUCAAUUUCCCGUUUGUAAUCUAAAAUGACUGAACAUUGCAAACUUCGCAAGGCUAUAUUUUCCGCAUUUUACAACAUUUCGCAACGAACCUUUGGAAUAUUACUAAUUUUGUGAUGCUCUUUCAAGCUGUGAUGAUUUUUUUGUUGAGAUCAAAAUUUAGCCUAUUGCGCAAGUGGUCAAUUGCACCACUUUCGGCCCAAAUGUGGUAUACAAAAUUUGCAAAUUUCGUAUUGCUAUUAUUUUCCUCAUUUUGCAACAUUUCGCGGCCAAACUUUGCAAUUUUACUAAUUUUAACAUGCUCUUUCUAGAUGGAUUUUGUUCUUCUUGCCUAGAUCAAAAUUUAGUCUAUAUGAUCUGUAGCUGGAAUUGCCCAUUGAAUCUGUGAAUAUUAUUUCUUAAAUUUUUUUCAAAACGAUUCUGUGUUUACUGUAGUCGUCACUGAGAACACACGCUUAACUCUUAAAUAUCGGUCAUGCGUUUUUAAAUUAACUCAAAUUUACACUAUGAAAAACACAAUCAUGCAGAUAUGCAAAUACUAUACAAAUAUAAAUAAAAACGUUGUCGUUGAAUGGAAAAUCAGCUGAAAAAGGUUAGAAUGCAGCUGAUGGUAAGCGUGAUCGUUUCUAGAGUGCCUGCGACGAAUUAUGUCGUGGUCUAACACGUAAAGAAAAAAACAGUUCCAAGAUUGUUUACAAGAUAAAAUAAUAUUAUUAUUAAUAAAAUAUUAUUUGAUUUGUAACCUACGCUGUUAUAAACCCGGAAGUAACUUUCUCAACACAGUUGUAAAUAAACGCACGCAGCGGGACUAAUUGUCCACUGUAGUUUAAUAUUGCAACUGAAACUGUCUGAUAAUGUUACAUUGGUUUGUUAUAGUUCUUGAAAGUCCAUUGUAUUUUUCGUAUUUCCUUAGCUUUAUCUCGAUUAAGUUUUAAUUUAAAUUACACGGAAAUAUUUAACUAAGAGUCUAAGUGUUUUCCCAAUCACCAAAUGUAAUGUAUUUCCACCGACAAAAAUAUUAAUGGGAAGAAUUGUUUCUGCUCUACCAUCAUAUUAAUUUGGUACAGCUCAUUACAAGUAUUGCAGCAAUCACUUGAAACUGAACUGAACCAUUUACUACAGACAUAAAAAAACAGGCAGUCGCGAGACUGCACGUGCUACUGUUGUUUACAAACAAUAUAACAAUGCACGGAAAGUAUUACAUGUAACCAGACACAGUUCUAUAAUGCCCUAGUAUCUUCUAGGGACAAACCUAUAAAACAAACCGGUGCCCUAGUGUCUUCUAGCGACAAACCUAAAACAAAGUCAAAACCGUCGACACUAAAGUGCAUGACAGAAUAAAUAGUUGCAUAUUGACAACAGUUUGUCCUGAAGCGGGAUUUCAAGGCCCCCCUCCCCUAUUGGCAGACCCCCCCCCCUCAUUGUUGAAACCCGUCGGAAAAUUGGAAAUUUGUUAUGUUGUCGAAUCGAUAGGUAAGAAAAAUUAUUUCAAAGUAUGUGUAAUAAAAUGCAAGUCGACAUGAAUGUAUCGAUAGGAAAUGUAAACAAUUAAAUAUGCAGCGUCAGCAGCAAUAAAAAUAAUUAUUACCUUAGAGAUGAGAUGAAGUAAAUAUGCUUGUGAUUCCGCAUAAACGUACAAACUCACAGACAGAAUCAGUAAAGCCGGUGUCAAACUUGGACGGGCACCGCAAUUUAAAGCCAUGUAACCUUGGGGCUGCGGCUAUGUUUUUUACGUUCGAAAAAAGUUAAAAUGCAUGCUUGGUCGUUCGUGCGUACGUGCGUGCGCGCAGUAUGGAUACACAUAUACUGUAGACAAAGUAACUUGAAUGCAAAGAAAAUCAUUAAGAAGUAAACUCUGUGUUCUCAGUGUCAUUUACAGUAAAGCAUGUUAACUUUUUGAAUAGAACAAGCGUAAGAUAUUGGAAUCGUAACGCGCCGGUUAAUAAAAUCCAAGCACGCAAUUACGCUAAUAUUGUACAUGUUUAAGAUCAAAUUUCGCCAAGACACGAAAGAAUCCCAAACAUCUGAAAUCGUCGUCGAAUGACUACAUCCUAGCCCUAACGAAUUAUGCAUAUGUACCUUUAUAAAGAAAGUAGGACCAUUUUUAAAUAGGCGAUUUCCAAGACGUACUUUGGCUAGUUUGGAGAAUCCGGAAAUUUCAACCAUCUUUGAUCUAAAAUAACCAAGUCAAUAACAUUUCGAUUUAUGGAGAAAAGAUAUCACAAGAAAGUUCCAUAUAUUCUAAAAACAUAUAUUGGAACAGCAGACCAAAACUUAUAAUGCGCGCUCAGCACAGCACAUGAUGUUUACUGCUUUAUUUACCGACAUUUCUUGGACAUUUCGCGUCAUUUUUGGUUCGAUUUUUGAAGUACUCUAACUUUUCUUCAUUUUGUGUUUCAUGGCUGAAACUUCAGUAAAUAUGUGGGGUUGGAUAGGUCUACAAUAUAUAUAAAAUCGAGAGAAAUUGAAGAACUUUCAGUUUUUCAUACCUGCCAGAAAAUGGUGAAUUAUUGCGAUUUUUACAGACAAGCUCUCUUAAUAACCCAGUCUGUGGUUGUUUUAACUAAUAAAAUAUUGGUCAAAUAAGUGCAUCUGAGACAACCAACCAAAAUAGUUUAAUUUGGUUUCACUCUGCAGUAGUGUGUAACAGAUGGUGGAGAAUCAGCCUUUUCAUUUGUAGUAGUCUUGUAUAUAAGUCAAGAAAUAUAGUGUACUCAAAUUAACCUACCAAUACCUGAUUCUUUUGUUUUAGGACCACAAAGAGAAGUGGUUUCAAUAUACAAUAACGAGUUUCUCACGCCGCUAUCCAGACCUCAAUAUUUCAUUGAAGUUUAUCGCUGUGUUAAAGUUGACAUCGGCGAAUGCUCUAGCUCUGGACCGUCUGGGUACCCUGUACCAGAAACAAUUGAAAAAAUUGAGAUAGUGGUUCCGGAUACAACGAACAAAGAUCGGGAUUCUCGCGGUCGAGCUUCUAGCGAUAAAAAUAAGUUUUAUGAAUAUGUGGUUUAUAAUCACACGUCUUGUAAAUGUGGGACCCUCACGUUCAGAGAUAGUACACUGUAUAAAAUCAUAACUAAUAACGAAGGUUAGUCCAGCUUACAGUGAGUAAAUACCAUGCAAUUACCUAAAAUGAUCAUGUUUUCUUUCGUAGUUUUAUUGUUAAGGGCAUCGCCCUUGCUGAGGUGAUGAGCAAUGGUGACAAAGUAUAAAGCAUAACUGCGCGCGCAAAAUUUGCCCGAUGAAAAAAAGGCCUAUCUUUGGUUCUCUCCUGUACAUCGAGGGAUUUUCUCCCUCACCAAAAAGUAACCGUUCCUGCUGCACUCCAUGACGUCAACCCAAUUGUGCACACGGUAACGUUUUCGAGCGUUUCUUGAUAAAAAUUCCAUCUCUUGCGGCUUUUUAUCUCCAUUUAUUUUCCACCAGAUAAAGUCAUUACUUGUCAACGAGUUUCUUAAAAUGUCCUCUGCUCAUUAUAAUAAAUUAAACAGUUUUAUAUGUAUGUUCAGCAUUACCGAUACGAAGUCUGUCGCUUCUUCGAAACCAAAACACAUUUUAAUUGUUCAUAAAUCAUUGUACCCUUGAAAGGCAAUACAUUUUGUUUUAUUUGUUGCUAAAGUUUUUAACUUAAGAAUUAAUGAUCUAAUGAAAGAUUCUAGGCUUCCAGGAAAUAAAAAUAUAAUAUUUUGAUUUUAAGCCGCCAUCUAGGAUUUUUAGCGUUUCAACGUGAAAACGCUGCCCGAAAACGUUUUUGGCAUUCAGAGCGUUUUCGUCAUAAGAUAACGUUUUUCAUUCUUUUUCGUGUGGACAGGCUUGAAACCGAUACUUUUUGAAAACGUUACAACUGAAAACGCUCGAAAACGUUAUCGUGUGCACACAUAAAAUUAAUAUAACUAUACAUUUAUAAUGUCUGCUCCCAGGAGCAGUAGCUUUGUUUUCUCGAGAAUCUCGAUGUUUCCCGAUUCGAAAUAAAGGGAAACAUUGAGAUUCGAGGGAAAACAAAACUAACUAUUUCCCGAGGGAACAGCCAUUAAGUGUUUUGUUAUAAUAUUAUUAUAGAGACGAACAAAAAUCAACAUUCAGCAAGCAGACAACAACAUUCAUACAACAAUUGUAUUUCGUGACAUAAACUCUAUAGAGUAAACGGGUUUAAAAUUAAAUGAAGCUACUUAAGUUAAUUCAACUGUUUCGGCAGCAUAUCCUGGUUCCUGUUGUGUAUUUUUCUUCUCUUUUGCAUUCUUUAUUUGAACACAAACUUGGCAAAUCGUAGUUUCCAAUUAUCCGAAUUUUGCCGCCAUUUUGUUUAUUUCUGUAUGUACCCGGUCGGGGCGGGCAACAAUUUUUCACUUGUUGCCUGGCGGAAAACAUUGCAUUUAUCGGAAGUCACGUGACCACAAAACAGCCAAUCACGUUUGGUGUUCAUGCCAGCUAUAUAACACUGUUAUCAUUUAUUUGUUAACUGCAAGGAAAGGUGAUUAUUAUACUGUAGCUUUAAUCUGUAUUAUACAAUUACUUUAUGGUUUCCGUGUUUGGAUGGCCUGAUCCAAACACGCAGGUGUGCUGCGAGAGUCAAGAAAAGCGCGCAAAAUCGCGAGCCGAAGGCGUAUGAUGUUGUGCGCUUUUCUUAACUCGAGCAACAUUCCCAAGUGUUUGGAUCAGGCCAUCCAAACACGGAAAUCAUAAAAUAAUUGUUUUAUAAAAUAACAACUUUCCGUGUUAAAAUUUCACUUUAAAAAACUUUCACUUUAAUUUUCCGUGUUUGGGUAUCCAAACACGGGUUCCGACCAAUCAGAGCACGCGUUAUAUACAUGUUAUUUUAUAAAAAUGUUUCUUUCAGUGUCAGAAGGUCAUUACAAAACAAAGUAUAGGAAAAAUCCGAUCAAUCUGAUACAUCGGUGUCACAGUCAAGUUUGCAAUCCUCAACCAAGACACAGUCUCACCGAUAAGCAUAUCCUCGCUGCCCCACAAUCAAAAUAUCUGGCGUACCAACAGUGCUUGCCUGGCAGUGUGGCGUUAAAAAAACCGCGCAACGAUAACGUUUCAAUUAACAUGAUAUCUGGUGGAGAGGAGGUUGUCAACGUCUUAAACGAUAUUUCAUGCAAGGCUUAUGAUGGAGAAAACGCUGAAAAUGCCCAAAGAUAG